UGUCUGUUCAUAUCCUUUGACCAUUUAUCAAUUGGAGAAUGGGGAAAUUCAACUUUGAAUCAGUUGCUGACAAGACUGGAAAGCCUCAGUUUAACCACAUGUGUUUCUGUUCAUACCAUCUGCAGGGAGUGCCUCACCUCUAUUUCUCAGAGCACAGGGUACCUAGCACAAACCUUUAUGUGUAGCAGGUGUUCAAGAAAUAAGCAAUGAGUGACAGAUUCUCUCUCCUUGCCAUUUCCCUAUUUGGCCAAAUGUAGGAGUCAGUGGGGAGGAGUGAGGGAGGAGAAACAAGAAGAAAGGGAGGAGACACAGUGCUGGGAGUGGUUGGUUUGACUGCCCUCCACUUGACUGCCCUGGACUUUCCCAAAAACUGGAAGUCAGGCUGGGAGGGAUGGACCGAAGCCAGAAAACAGCAGCUCUCACAGCAGUCUGAUUUCCUCCUUUCCUGGAAAUGGGGUAAGAAUAAAAGGCGUGAUGAGGGCAAAAGCCGAACGCUUUCAGUUUUGAUUGAGCAGGUCUCUGAAACAAAGUUCAUUCCAUAAGUUGGGGGAAACGCCUGCUCCACCUCAUCCUCACACGGCCAUCCAAAGAUAAAAAUUGCCGAGGAACCAUGCCAUCUAUAUUUGAGUGCGCUACCAAAAACAUGGUCAAAGAGCUGAGCAAAAAUGGGGAGCUGAUCCCUGUGGAAAGCCUCAAGAGCUCCACCCACUUCAGUCCCUACUACCUGGUCAGGAGGAAGACCAAGAGCUCCUGGUUUUGGAGGCCACAGUAUGUUUGGCUCAAUUUGACCCUCAAGGACAUUCUGGAUCCCAGCUCCCCAGUACCAGAAGUGAUGCAGAAUGGACCAUUCCACUUUAAUGAUGAGGUGGAUGGGCAGGUGUCUGGCAGUAUGGAGGUGACUGCUUCUAUGCAGGCGAAGGUUUCAGGACAGACUUCAGUGUCAAACAGAACAGACCUGGAGGUCAAGACUCUCAUCAUUCCCCUUCACACCUGGGACUGCUUACGAAAAGAAAGGACACUGAAGAAACCAGAGCCCUCUAUCUUUCAGGAGCUUCGGAAACGGAAGGAGGAUGUGUAUGUUGUCACAGAAGCUGUCAAGACCCAGAAAGAAGCUGUUCUGAAGAGGUCCAGAAAUACAGAAGGUUUGGGGAAGUUCACCAUUCCUGGAGUCUCGUGUUUUCAGGGUCAGGGGGAGGGUCACUUAAACACAAUGAAGACAGUGACUGUCCCUGAGGGCAGCAUACUUGCUUUCCAAGUUGCCAAGUUGAUUAUUAGGAACCACUGGAAUGUUCUUUUACUUCCAGACAAGAAGCAGAAAACCUUCCUAGAGGAAAACAUACACUUGUUACUCUGCAGUAACUCAGACUUGCAAAGUUCUAGUUUCCUCAUGGAACCAGACAAAGACUUGUCAAGAUUUGAAUCAGGAGAGAGGAGAUGGAAGUCAGACAAAGGACCGUUCUUUGCAAAGACACUCUGGGGCCCACCAGAUCUCCCCGCAGUGAUAUUACUUACAGAAUUUGAGAAAAUGCAAGCUGAGGUGAAGAAAGAACAAAGGCCACUGACCAUGCUGGACAAGAAGCUACGGCAGUGUCUGCUUCAGGAUCUUCUGAGGCUCCUCCAGAGUGAGCAGGAUCUGCUGGACUUAGAAGGCAUGGUAGAAGAGAGUUUGUUCAGUGGGGUUCCCCCCCAGAAGAUGGAAGGCGUGAUGGGAAACAUUCUCAGUAACCUGCAGGACCAGAGUGGAAAACUUGUGGAGGAAUUAGCAGGGGCAUUCCUCUAUCUCUUUGGAGCUGUGAAUGCUCUGAGUGAAAUCCAGUAUCAGAACCUGAUCCAGUUGCUGAAGACAGAAGAAAAGAUUCUGCCUCAGGAAGUAGACCUGGUGAGAGAAAUUCUGAAGAAAAACUUCAGUGAGACCAAGGAGACGACUUUCUCCCUUCCUUCAGAGCUGCUGUCCUUUGCCAAGGACAAGAGGGAGGAAUCCACCCUCAUAUUUGCCCUGUUGGAAGCGUGUGGAUUGGAGAUCUCAGGAGAUAAAUCCCAAUUUACCUGGAACCCCAGUGCUCUGCACUCCCUUUGUGCAGUAUAUGGGAGUCUGGAGAUGCUGCAAGUUCUCUCUAAAGGCUGCUGACCCAGUCCCCUCUUUCCCUACCCAUUUGCUGUGUCAAGUUCCUGGAAUCUGCCCCCAUUUUUCUAGAUCUGAGGCCCAGCAAACUGUCCCCUGAGUUUGGCAGAGCAUAAUCCUUUGUAUUUACCCUCUGGAUGCUUCCACCUUCUGGCAGAAUCACACAAUUAUCAUCUUGCUUUGACCAGGGUUCUCUGAGCUCUGACAAGCACCAGACAAGUCCCCAUAUUCUGGACAGAAAUUCCUGCUAUGAAUCAGCUUUGUCUCAUUAUUGCUGUUACCCCUCUUUGUAGACCUACAGGUCACUGCAUGCCCAUAAAUGUAAGUAUCCAUUCUGUCCAUAUAAAAUGAGUCCUCCUCACCCCUACACCUGUUUAGCUUCCCUCCUUGCAUAUAAGCCAUUUUGAAAUUAAAUUUCUAUUUGAUCCCUGACUCUCCUGGCUCCCAUCUGCUGUGUUUGGCUCUAACCAUCCAGAGAUUAUAGGUUAGUUCCAUCCAGCUGGCAAGUACCUCCGUCCCCUAAGUCAGCUCCAGAACUAGUGGAUUAGGAGACAGCCCUAUUUCAAAUGAAAUUUGAUCAUGAAAUUUGAAUGUUGGGCCUUCCUCUGUGAUAGAGUACCCAUUCACACCCAAAAGGAAUCCCCAGUGUGAUGACUAGACAAAUGGUCAUCCAGCCUCCACUUCAAAACCAAAUUGAAGGGAAGCAUCCCAAGGCAACUCAUUUCCCUUUGGGGAAGAUUUGAUUAUUCCCAAGUGUUGUUUUUCCCCUCACUUCAAGCCUUACUUAAACUACCUAUUUGCCAUCUUUGUCCACUGCUCCCAGAUUUGCCCUUUAAGGGCUAGAACAAGUGCAAUCCCUUCUCUGCAGCUCUAUAAAUAUAUGUAUGAAACUGUGAGAUCACAUGUCUUCCACCUGGUGCUCACAGGACAUGGACCCAAGGCCCUUUUUCCCUUGUGGUUGCUCUCCUCUGGAUGUUAUCCAGUUCAUCAGUGUUUUGAAACUAUGGUGCUUGGACCGGAUAAAAUGUGACCAGGGCAGAGGUGGAACUAUCCCCUCCCUCUUCCUAGAAGUCAGACCCCUCUUGAUGCAGCUCAAGAUGGCUUUGGCUUUUGAGUGGUCUCCUCACUCUACUCAUUGAGCUGGCAGACCAAGAAAACCUGCUGCUCUAUGACCUUGUCUUGAUAUCUCAUGGACAAGGUAAUAUUUAAGUUCUUUUCUUCAUUAUGGUUUUGUACCUGUUUUCCAAAGUUAUUAGUUCUCUUUUCAUAUAUUUCUUUCCCUACCUCUUGCAUUUUUCCCCAUUAUUUCCUCUAUUGCUCUCAUUUGAUUUUUUAAAAAUUAUGCUUUAACUCUUUAAAAACAAAACAAAAAAAUCUUUUAGGAAUUCCUGUCAGAGUCGUAUUCAAGUUGCACUUUUUUGAGGCUUUCUUGGAGAUAUUUUCAAGUCAUUCUCUUCUGCCUUUGUGAAGUACUUUCCUAGCUACAUAAUAAUCCUUUAUAUUAGCAUUCUUUUUUUAGUUUGCUUAUACCAUUAGAUUGUAAACUCCUCAUGGGCAGGCAAAGUCUCUUUGUAUCCCCAUUGUAUAGCACACUACCUGUCACAUAGGAGGGGUUUAAAAUUUUUUGGUUUAUUUAAUAAAAGCUAGAUGACUUAACUUUCAACUCCCAUCUCUUUCAAUUCCAAAAUUAGAUUGUGUCAUCUUUAUAUGAAUAACAAUGUAUGCAUAUUGUCUAUCUUCUUAGAAUGCAAAGUUCAAGGGCAAAAAUGGUUUCCUUUUUAUCUUUGUAUACCAAUGCUUAGCAAGUAUCCUGGAAUAUAAUAAAAGCUGUUGACUGAUUGUUA